GUUCGUGGGCUUGCUUCUGAUCAUUCGGGAUUGGCAUCCAGUUCAGGUGAGGCGGGACACGGUACCAACAACCAAAUUGGCGACGAUCGCUUGAACUGUGCAACAUCAUCUGUUGAAGAAUGCGGCACAAAUUCGUCAAAUUCGGAACAACCAGAUGGACAAGCCGUGGUCGCUGAUCAGCUUUCACCCAGAAAACUUGUGGAAACGAUUGUGGCAAAACUGAGGGCAAACGGGAAAACGUGCAUAUUGCCGGUGAAUGACGAAGCAGCAAUGGAAGCAAUCGUAGAACCAUUCAAACUUCUCAUCGAUAUCGGAAUUUUACCGGAAUUUCUUGUGGAUGCUUGCAUCUCUGUGCCACAGUUGUUCAUUUCAUUGGCGCUAAAAGGAGAAACGAGCAUUCAAAUUAUUGAGCUUAUUGUGAAUUUUUGUGAAUUCACUUACGAGGAUUCAAUACGAUUUUUCGCAACGUAUAAUGAUGAACUGAUGUUUGUGGGACCGGAGGAAAUGCAAAAAUGCUUGGAAGUGCUGGAAACAUACGGAUUCAAAAAUAAAGCAAUUGGUAACGUUAUACGCUCGUGCCCAGCAUUAAUUUUCGCGGAAAAAUCAGAACAACUGGCACAAAAUGCAGAGAAUUUAUUCUCACAUUUCACUAAAAAUCAGGCUGAGGAUAAAAUUGAAUACAUCUACUGCCACAUGCUUAUGGAAGGCGAAGAUUUUGCUGGUUGCACAAAGUUGGCGUCACUUUCACUGAAUGAAUUAAUGGAUCGUCAUGAGCUGCUUCUCAAAACCGGCAUUUAUAAGACUCCGGAUCCGAGAAGACCACAGCUGAAAAGCGUUAGUUCGUUCAAUGCAGAUAACCCGAAACUAAAAAAGAUUGUCGAUAGCAAUGCAGAAGAAUUCGCAACACGUGUCGCACAAAUAACGGUGGAGGAAUGGCGCCUGUUCCAGGAACUUCAGGAAAAGAAACGGGACGUGGAAUCACCGGGCGAGGAACGUCCAUUUGAACGUGUGAAACCAUCGAUGAGAAAACAGCUGGAACGAAGGAAGAAAUUAUCUUCUUUGCGUGAUCAUGAAAAAUUUGAAUCGUACGAUGAGAGAUAUUGA